AUGUUUUUUUUCCAGAACUCAAGUCUGCCCCUGGAUCCUUGCAAUGACUUCUACGACUACGUCUGCUCCAAGGACAACAGAAUCAUCACUAAACUCAACUUCACGAAUAUCUUUGAAGAUCGAGACAUCCUAAAACCAAACAUCACAUUCCCGAGUAACGGAACCUACACCCCACUUGACCAGAUUCUGGACCCAGAUCGCUUGAUGGCAUGGUACUCGGCAAUCAACAUGGUGGUUACAGAUUCUGUAGAUUCAGACUAUUUUGGAGAGAUGUCCUCUGGGGCAAAAAAUAACUAUUUGGAGAAGGUCUUGUAUGCCCUGGAAAAGCUGGAGACAAGCAAUCUAACGAUGACCAAUGUUUUGUACACCGCUCUCCACGCUAACAUCGAGAUUCUCAAGCACCUUAGACUGCCUAUCACCAAAGAAAAUAAAUUCUUACAUUACAUGUUUGAUCUGAUGAAGGAGAACACGAUCCAGGAGAUUCGGAAUAGUCCACUGUCGGGUCGAUCCAUGGCUUUCUUAAAUUUAUAUCUGAAAGAUGCAAAAGUGUUAUUUGCAUUCCUUGAAUAUAACAAUGUAACACUUCUGGAAGAUACCAAGCUGGUUUAUGAAACUGAGUACUACCGGCUCAGGAGUUUAUUAUCGCCGGGAGACCUCGAAACCGAAGUGGCGGAGAAAAUCCUGAGCCUAGGAGCCAUCAACGCAGCAAUAAAGUUUAUGAGUGAACGAAUUCCGGAUUACAGCCCAAACUUCUUGUUUCGAUCGCUUUUAUUGAAUCUUGAAAGUGACGCAGCUCAGUACAUUAGUUUGAUUCAUGUUACAGUAGUCACGAGAAGUGAUCUUCAGCAGCCAGUUAAAGCGAUAGCCGAUAAACUUUUCGUACUUGCUCAUGAGCUUAUGCAUUGGGUAUACCCACAAGGAACAUGGCUGAUGGAUUCAAUUGUUACUAGAACAGCUGAAAAAUGUGCACGAGACGAGGUGAAGAUGAUGGGGGACACUGAUGCAGUGAAGCCAGUUGAUGGAUGGUUUAGCGAAGAAGUUACUCAUGAAGAUCUGGCGAAUAUAAUGGCUAUGAGGAUGGUUAUGAAGAUGGCGGCCAGGAAAUCUGCAAAUGAAAAGCAGCUCUCCCUGGAAACAAUCAUGAGUAGUUUGUGCGUCCAAGGCAAACCGAAAAACACCGUAUGCCGCAAUCAUCAUCCCUUUGAGCUUUCUCUCAACACCGCUGUUCGUCAAUAUCCACUAUUCAGCUCACUUUACGGAUGUCGUGCCGGUGAUCGGAUGUUUGCUAAGCGGGAAGAGUUCUGUAAGCCGCUGGGUGGCGAGGUAAACUUGGAAGACUAUAAGAUCAAACAUGAAACGGAGGACGUUGGUUGA